AUGCACAAAAGUAAUCAAGAGUUGUGCGAGCCUACAAUUGUAGGGGGCUUUAAGGUGUACAAUGUUGGUGGAUCCGAGUUUGAGGUUCCACGGAAGUACACACUUUUGAAAAUACUUGGUAUGGGAGCUUAUGGUAUUGCGUGCAGUUGCUUGAAUGAAGAAACACAGGAGAAGGUAUCGAUAAAAAAGUGCCGAGAGGUAUUCCGUGACUUGGAUGAUGGCAGGCGCGUUCUGCGUGAGGUUGCGAUGAUGCGCUUCUUCAGGCACGAGAAUUUGUUACAUGUCAUGGAUAUAUUGCCGCCCAUGAAGGGCUACAAUGAAUUCCGUGAUGUUUACAUAGUAACGCCCCUGAAGGAUGUUGAUAUGAAUGUUGUGCUUCGCUCGCGUCAGGUGCUAGAGGAAACUCACGUCCGGUACUUCAUUUAUCAAAUACUUCGGGGUUUAAAAUAUUUACAUAGUGCCGGUGUGGCACACCGUGACUUGAAACCAGCCAACCUAGUCACUGACAUCUCGUGCGAGCUGAAGAUUAUUGACUUCGGUCUUUCCCGUAGCGUCACUAUCCCACAUCAUGAUUUGACUGACUACGUCAUUACACGCUGGUACCGACCGCCGGAACUGCUUCUAGAAAACAGUUACUACGACACCGCGGUAGACAUUUGGUCAGUCGGUUGCAUUAUGGCAGAAAUGUACAAUCGCAAGCCAGUCCUUCCGGGCCGAAACACGAUUGAUCAGCUGCGGCUCAUUUGCACACAUAUUGGGAAGCCUCCAAGGGAUAUGGUAGAGAGUGCAGAGGCGUUGGAGAAGUUAAAUCAACUUCCUGAUGGCGAAUUGGACAUGGGCAAACUUGUGCCCGGGUUGACAAGUGCAGAUGGAAUUGAUUUUCUCAGCCAAAUGUGGGAGCUUGACCCGCGGAAAAGGCCAUCAGCGGCUGAAUUACUUCGCCAUCCAUUCAUGGCACCGUUGCAUGAUGAAGUGGACGAGCCGGUGUGUCCGACAUCCUUCGCGUGGCCAUAUGAAAUGCAGGAAAUGAGUCUUGACUCCCUCCGUAGGGCAUUCUGGGAUGAAAUAUGCAGCUUUAAUCCACAUCUUGCAAGCCAAAUACCGAAAGGCGCGUAG